AUGACAGGAAGAAAAGUUGCAUUCGGCAGCGUUGAAAUUAUUGAAUUGCCUUACACAAUCGGUCAUGGACCAACAUCGGGUGCACCAGUUUCUCUUGGUUGGGACCUCAUCGAUCGAAGCUUGUUCAAUCUAGACUUCUUUGAGCACUUCAGACCACCAAGAAGGACAAGGCCAGCACUUCGUCUUAGUGCACAGAAGAGGAGAAAUCUACUGUUGAAAAAUGGUCACUCGAUAAACGAAAUUGAAUCAUGCGAAAUGGAAGCUUUGAGACUCCGAAAAGAAAGAAUCAUGUCCAUUCGUCUACAGCGCAAGAUCCAUGCAUGUGCACUCGAGAUGAAGCCAGUUGCACCAAAGGCAGCUUGA